GGAAAAACGUGUUCGCAUUUCAGCCGAGAGAAACACGAGAAAAGGGAUGGCUGCCAUGCGACCAGACUUGUUGCUGUCACUGCCACCAAGUGGCUGGCUCCCGAACCCCUGGGUUGGAAUCUAAAGAUAUAAAUAAUUCCAAGACCCUUCCUACCGGCUGAACUUGACUUGAGUCAUUAUCUGCCACCAGCUCACCUCACAACUCGACUGAAACUCAGAUAUCCAACCCCUGAAACUCAAACUCAACCUUCACCAUGCGCUACCUUUCCCUCGCCGUUCUCUCCCUCCUGGGUGCCGCCAGCAUGGCCGUCGCCGAGCGCCCCUGCGGCUUCAAGAUCGCCCCCUGUCCCGACGGCGAGAUCUGCGAAAAGGUCGACCCCAACUGCAACAAGGGCGUGAACUGCCAGGGCAUCUGCGUCAAGGCCGCCUUCUGCGGCGGCAUCGCCGGCGUCGCCUGCGAGCCCGGCAUGAUGUGCGUCGACGACCCGACCGACGACUGCGACCCCAAGAACGGCGGUGCCGACUGCGGCGGCAUCUGCGUCAAGCCCCCCUUCUGUGGCGGCUUUUCCGGCACCGAGUGCGAGGAUGGCAAGAAGUGUGUCGAUGAUCCGUCUGACGACUGCGACCCCGAGAAUGGUGGUGCCGACUGCUCUGGUAUCUGCGUGUAAGGGAGGGGGAUGAAGCACUGGCCUCUGAUACGGCUCGGAAAGGAGAUGGGUUGGGUUCGGGGACCAUCUGCACGGUAAAUGGAAUUAGGUUCGGGAUAGAAGGGUUGGGCCGGACAUUCGUGUGUAUAGGGUGACUUCAUCCACUAGAAAGUCAUCCACUAGAAAACUGCCAAACUUGC